GCUCGGGGGAGGAGUUGGACUUGGACCAUCCUGAGCCGACCGACUGGUCCCACUAAAGCUGGAAACUCUUCACACUUUACAGCCAAACCUGAGACUUCACUUCACAGAGGUGCCGCCCGCAUUCAGUCGUCCUCAUGAAAGGUGAGAAAGAAAUCACGGCCAAAACGGAGCCGUCGAACGGGCCGAACCGUUCGCUGGAGGUCGACACACAUGCAGAUGAGAAGAUGACGGAGCGCGGCCAGUGGAGCAAUAAACUGGAGUUUGUUCUGUCGGUGGCCGGAGAAAUCAUCGGCCUGGGAAACGUCUGGCGUUUUCCUUAUCUCUGCUAUAAGAACGGAGGAGGUGCGUUCUUCAUUCCGUACCUGAUCUUCCUCUUCACCUGCGGUAUUCCCGUCUUCUUUCUGGAGAUCUCUCUGGGUCAGUACACCAGUCAGGGAGGAAUCACCUGCUGGAGGAAAAUCUGCCCGCUGUUUGAAGGUAUUGGAUACGCCACACAAGUAAUUGUGGCCCUGUUGAACUUCUACUACAUAAUAGUUUUGGCCUGGGGAAUAUUCUAUCUCUCCUUUUCAUUUACGUGGGAUCUGCCGUGGGCUUCCUGCAACAACACCUGGAACACAGAGACCUGCGUGGAGUUCCAGAGACGAAAUGAUUCCAUUGUGGAAAUGAACAUGGAAAACGCAACAUCACCAGUCAUUGAAUUUUGGGAACGGAGAGUUUUACGGAUCUCUUCUGGAAUCGAUGAGAUUGGAACGCUGCACUGGGAUCUGGUCUUGUGUCUGUUGUUGGCCUGGGUUCUCUGUUACUUCUGUAUCUGGAAGGGUGUCAAGUCCACUGGAAAAGUGGUUUAUUUCACCGCAACCUUUCCAUACGCAAUGCUGUUGAUUUUACUGAUCAGAGGAGUCACACUUCCAGGAGCUUCCCGAGGGAUCAAGUACUACCUUUAUCCUGAUCUGGGAAGAUUAGCAGAUCCACAGGUGUGGAUGGAUGCAGGCACACAGAUCUUCUUCUCAUACGCCAUCUGUCUGGGCUGUCUCACGGCACUCGGAAGCUACAACAAAUAUAACAACAACUGCUACAGAGACUCUUUGGCUCUGUGUUGUCUGAACAGCGGAACGAGUUUUGUGGCUGGAUUUGCCAUCUUCUCGAUUCUCGGCUUCAUGUCUUACGAGCAGAACGUCCCAAUUUCAGAGGUGGCCGAGUCUGGUCCUGGUUUGGCGUUCAUCGCGUACCCGCGGGCAGUGUCCAUGAUGCCCCUCCCUCCUCUGUGGGCCUGUUUCUUCUUCAUCAUGAUCGUUCUUCUGGGUUUAGACAGUCAGUUUGUGUGUGUGGAGAGUCUGGUGACAGCGAUGGUGGACAUGCACCCGUCUCUGUUCCGCCGGAAGAACCGCAGGGAGCUGCUCAUCCUUGUCGUUGCGGUCGUGUCAUUCCUCGUGGGUCUCAUUAUGCUCACGGAGGGUGGAAUGUACGUCUUCCAGCUGUUUGACUAUUACGCAGCGAGUGGCACGUGUUUGCUCUUUGUAGCUGUCUUUGAGACGGUCUGCAUCGCCUGGAUUUACGGUGCUGAUCGAUUCUACGACAAAAUUGAGGACAUGAUUGGAUAUCGUCCUGGCCCUUACAUUAAAUACUGUUGGAUGUUUUUUACUCCAGCCACAUGUCUCUGUACAUUUGCAUUCUCCCUGAUCAAAUACACUCCUCUGAAGUACAAUAAUGAGUAUGUGUACCCGUGGUGGGGUUACGCUCUCGGCUGGCUGCUGGCUCUGUCCUCGAUGGUUUGUAUUCCUCUGUGGGUGCUUUCUAAACUGAGCACGUCCAAAGGUUCCCUCAAAGAGCGUUUGAUCGAGCUCACGACACCGUACCCAGACCUGCCUAAAACCAGACAAGAACAAGAGAAACUUCAGGCCAUUUUUGUGGCCGAUGGCGGCGGUCUUCGUCAAAGAGGCGUCCCGACCAAAGACGGCUACUUCCCCGUCAGCGAGAAAGAGUCGCACUGUUAACCGUCCCGCUGUCUGUUACCCCGAGAGCCUUCUGAUAAACCCUUCCGUGAUACCUCACAACACUGGCAGCCAAAUAAACACGAGGACCUUUACAUCGAUGAAACCGUCCUGAGAUGAGAAGAGGAGUGUUUGUGUUUCUAUUCUUUUCUCACGGGCCUUUAGAUUUUACAGAAGCAGAAUGUUCUUCUGAACAAACAGCGAGAGCAGAUUUUACAAUCUGAGCAAAAGAAACAUGAGUGUGAGUUUGCAAUGAUGUGUUGGGUUUCAAAUCCGUCACGUUCUAUUUACACUAUAAAUCAUUUUUCCCCCUCUUGUUUCUCACCAUUGGGACGCUUUGUCCGGUGUGUGGCCGAGCGGAUCAGAUUCAAAACGGUAGAUGUUAGAAGCUGGACCGUUUCGGCUCAUACAAUCAUCACAUCUGCUUUCUGAGGAAGCAAUUAGACGUGUAGAAUGGAUGUGGAUAUGCAUCAUUAAUAUAACAGAGUAUGUGGGGUUAAGUGUGCAUGAGUUAGACAUGUCUAUGAAGGUUAUAGACUUUCAACAGAGCUUUUAACAGAUCUGACAGUACUAAAGCAAGAGUUUAGUGUUAACACAUGUGAUGAUAGACCUGAUAGCACACUCCAUCUGGAUUACGUCUGUUUGACGUCUGUAAGACAUCUACAAUACAUAGUUUGCUCAUCUCGGAGACGGAGACGUCUGUAAUACGUCUGCUAAAGAUCUGGGCCCGUACUGUAUGUAUAAUAGAUUUACAUAAUAAUAAUAGUAGAUAAUAGAUAUAUAGAUGAAUAAUAAUAGUAAUAAUAGACUAAUAAUAGAUUUACAAGGUUGAGCUUAUAAUAGUGAUUGAUAUAUUGAGCUGUACACUUUUGUGUGAAAUUUAACAUCGGUUGACAUCGACCCAUACAAAGAUAAAUACAUAAAGUAACCUGCGAUUUCAUUUUUCAAACAGAGAUGUUCUUAUUCUUACACUUAAGAAUAUUAAAAAAUGGCUUUAUACAUACAGUACUGGCCCUGGAAAACAUCCUGUGUAAAAACAUCUGCUAAACAUCUUAGAAAGAACAGUUUUACAUCCAUUCUAACUCAUCUUCAACAUUUCUCUAUGAAGACUGACAGCAGACGUCACCGAGACGUAUUGCAGAUUAGCAAACAUCAAAUGGACGUAUGCAGGAUUCAUGUGUGCUAUCAGGGAGUGUCUGAGGUCAUGUGAAACUAUUGAACAGUGUUACACAGGGUCAAAAAUCUCAAUUUAAUCUGCACUUGAAAAUGUUGCUGGAGGAAAGCUGGUAUACAGUCAAUCAAAUUCUUUCACAUGAUUUUCUGUGUUUUCUGAAUGUAUACAUUUUAAUGUCUGCAAAAAUCAACUCGGUCACGUAUUAUGGACCAUUGUCUUCUCUUGAUUUUAUUUGGAAGAGUUGACGUGUUAUGUGAAAGCAGUCUUCAUGUAUAUAUCUUGUACAGAACGGCAUAGUUUGAUUUUUACAACAUUGUACAAAACGUGUUUGAUUUCCAGAUAUAUUACUCCUGUAUGAACAUUACACCAAUAAAAGACUAUUAUAAACUA